UCAAUCAAUCAAAGAACAAGAAGAAAAGUCGUCUACCAAAAUUUCAAGAAGUGAAAAAAAAUUAUUUCGUUUCAUCAAAACUCUCAAAGAAAACACCAAACAAAUCCAAUGUAUGCAAUGUGAUUUUAAGUCUAAUAAGUUGUACAAAUUAAACGUUGUUCGAUAAGCCAAAAUAACAUAAUGCACCGGGUUGAGCUUCAGUGCAAAACAUUCCAAAUUCUUCGUCACAAAUCAAUUGCCGUCGUCGUCGGUCGUGGUACUAGCUAGUAUUGUUUUUUUAUUUUUAUUAUUUUGUUCACUUGUUUUUGCUACAAAAUUACUCAUAAAUUGCAAAUAAUAGAGAGUACGCUUACGCUUUAACCUUCUGGGGGUUUUGUAAUCUUUAUGAUAAAACUAAUUGAUAUAAAUUCUUAUUCCGAUUACAAUUAUUGAAACCUUGCAAAACCAGGAGCAUUCCUUUUUUUCUGUUUUGUUCGGGGAUUAUUUAAAAGAGAUGCCCUGUGAAGGCUGUAAUGUGCAAUUCACGGUCUUCCGACGGAAACGUAUUUGUAAGGAUUGCAGACGAUACUACUGCAGUCAUUGUAUGAUAACACAAAAUUCAGUAGUUUUAUGUGAACGCUGUGCAAUAUUUGCCAAACGACCUCUUCUCAAAAUCGAUUUACUUAAACUUAAGCCAAAAGAUUUAAUAUUUUACUUGCAAUCAAAACAUAUUUCCACAACUGGUUGUGUUGAAAAAGAAGAACUUGUUGGAUUAGUUUUGACGCAUGUAAAUCAAAAUGAUACCCCAAACAUCGGCAGCCCGAAUGGCAAUAAGUUCCCGGAUUUCGGUGGAGAUACGGACAAACCUUUCGAGAAUAUCAAACAAACUUGUCAGAAUUUCUUUAAUAACAUAACCGAUAAAAUCGCAUCUGAUUUUAGCUUCGACACAAAGACAACACAAGCUGCAAGCAAUUCUGGUGGUGGAAUGGCAGGAGCUGGGGGAUCAUCGCCACAUAUAUCAGAGCAACCGAGAAUAUCGACGCGAGAGAUACCCAGCUAUUCCAGUUUUCAAAAUCAACCAACGGACCAAUCUUCUCCGCCGCCACCGUCAACACAACAACAACAACCAGCCAAUUCAACUAGGAGCACACCAACUAGUCCGAUCUCGAGUCCUGGCGUAAGUAUAAGCUCGAUAUCGUCACAUAGUACAGUUUCGCGUUCUCCACAACCCGCGAGUGCCAGUUGUGGUGCUCCCACAGAUGGCCAAAGUAGCUCCGAACCAAUUCGAGGCAAACCGGCUCCAGCCUCUUCCUCGGCCGGUGCCAGAAAUAGACUGCUUGAUAAUGUCCUUCAAGACGAAGGAGUUAUCUCUGAAUGUGAUUGUUCCGAUGACGAAUUAAUAAACACUUUCAAGGAUCGAAGUAACCGAGAAGUCGGUGGUGCCAACUCGACAUCGCCCCCAACAAUUUCGCCAGUGGAUAAUCUGGCAGCAGGGCCAUCGGGAAGUGGCAGCAGCAAUGGAUUGGCCCAAAAGACUUCACCUAGUUUGCAAGUUGGAACCUAUGAGGAUUCAUCGGAGUCGUCUUUCGAGGAGUUGGGGGCCAUCGGAGGCAUCUCCGACGACAAUAAAACUGAGUCAGUCGCUCAAAAUGAACCUUGGCAAUUCGUGAACAAAUUAGAGAACGAUGCGAUUACCAUUGAGGACAAAAAGACACUCCCUGCGACAACUCACAGAGAGGAGGAGCCAUCGGCAGGAACUUCGACUGAUGUGGCUUUGGUUUCAUCUGAAUCGUCAUCGGCUCCAAGUAGAGCGGCUAGAAUUUUCGCUUCACGGCCAAAGAGAGUAGUUCGACGACGAUCGGAUGGUUAUUUGAGUCGCAGACGACAUGGAGAUGAACAUUCCUAUAAUUGGAACAGCAAAGAGCUAAGUGUCGAAGAGGAGGAGGGAGAUAAUGAUGAUGAUGAUGAGGAAGAUGAAGACGAAGAAGCUGCUGCUGUGAGUAUGCGACGUAGGCGAAGUAAAUGUUGUGGCAAAUGUGGCAAAAACAAAACCAACAUCAAACACCAUGUCAUGAAACUACGCCAACAUCUCGAGAGUGCAAAUAUGUCCGAGGCUGAGAUAAAACAGGAACUCGAAGAGUUUCUGGUUUACCUGGAAAAUCGAACCCGCGCCGAGCUGGUUGAUGUUGGCAGUGCCACAUCGCCAUUCUUCGAUGGAAACGAUGGCAUCCACGUCUAUGGGCAUGUAGGAGCCGAUGGAGGCUAUGAUCCUGGGAUAGCAGCAAGUCGUUUUCCAAAUUUAAAUAAUUUCGAUUCAUUGGAGGAACUCGAAAAUCUAACUGUAAAGCAAUUGAAACAAAUUCUCACUCUUAAUCGUGUCGAUUAUAAAGGAUGUUGUGAAAAGCAGGAACUUUUUGAAAGAGUUUCUAGGCUUUGGAAGAACCUCAAAUCAUGUCCAGCAAUUGAAAAACUACCAACUGAUGAAUUAUGUAAAAUUUGUAUGGAUGCUCCAAUUGAAUGUGUGAUUUUAGAAUGUGGACAUAUGGCAACAUGCACAAACUGUGGAAAAGUCUUAAGCGAAUGCCCAAUUUGUCGACAAUAUAUUGUGAGGGUUGUACGAUUUUUUAGAGCGUAAAUUUGAUUUAAAUUUUACACAAAAUAAUUUCUUUUUUGUUUUAUUUGUUUUAAAUAUCGUAAACAUACAUUUUGAGAACUGUUUUAGGCAAGAAGUCAAUGACUGUUGGAAAUAGAACUUCAUACAUCUUUCAUUAACUUGAACUCAUUUCAAUUCUUAAAUGAAAUCCAAGUUCGAUCUGUAAUGUUAGAAACUUAAAACUUUCAAAAAUUCUCUUUAAAAUUGUGCUGUGAAAUAUCGGAAACCAAAUAUUUUGGCCUCGUAUAACUCAGAAAAAUGGGUCAGCUCUCGCUGAGAAAAAAGGAAAAAAAGACUUCUGAGAAAUUAUAGAACAAAAGUGGAGAGUUUUUCUUUCUCUUCUAAAUUUCGAUUGCCUCUUAAAACAAUUUGUUUUUCUUGUGACUGAGUUGCAUAAAACAGUUCUAUUGAAAAAUUGAGAUAUCACUAACAUUUCUCUCAUCCAAAUAUUAAAUAUACUUUUUGUGUAUAAAAUACCUUAAAGUAUUUAACAAAGAAAACAAAAAUAUAACUGCAAAUGUUAAAAUUUUACCUUUUUCUCGUUUUGAAAAAUAAUAAAACAAAAUUUCUGUGUGCUUUCAAAGUGUAAUUUUAACUACAAGUCGUUACAUUCUAUGUGAAUUAAUUAUUUUUUCUUUUUAAUUUGAAACGUGAUACAUUAUGAUAUAAAUAAAUAAGUUUUGAAAAAUUCUCUGGGAUAAAAACAAAGCAGGUUUUAUUUUUUUUUUUUAGUUUGAAUAAAGUUUCUUGUGUUUGUUU